AUGAAAGUUCUUUUUCUUUCAACCCUCUUUUCAGUAGUCAAAUCAGAAAGCGGUUUCCAAAAAUACAUAACGCUUUUUACAGAGCAUCACUAUACAUCGACAUUUACAGUGAUUGUCGAAAGUAAUGAUCAAAAAGAGACGUUGAAAAUUCCAGAAGAUCAAGUUGACCUCGAUCACGUGCAGAUUUUUAGUGGAGAAAACGAGGAUGAAAUCGAAGAAGUCUCGAAAAAGAAGCCACUUUUAUGCGAGUCCAGACCGCUUGAUCUGGUCUUUUUACUCGAUUCAAGCCGUUCGAUUUCCGAGAAGAGCUGGAAUCUGCAAAAAGAUAGCAUUGAGAAAAUGAGUUCCGUUCUUUUCCCUAUCGAUGAUUUCAACACUAGAAUCUCUCUCAUUCGCUACGGAUCAUCUGCUUUCAUUUCCCAUCGUCUGAAUGAAGAACAGUCCUACUCUAAAAUCAAAGAAAACCUUUUUCGACUGGAGCAUACUUUUGAAGACCAGACGAAUGUUCACUUUGGCCUUCGAAAAGCAAUGACUGAGUUUUCAAGCUGCCCACGUGACGAGAAAAAUCAGAACUCAAAGAAGGCAAUCGUCAUUAUUACAGACGGCGAAUUUACAGAACCGAAACUGGCAGUUGAAGAAUUAAAAAUUGCAAAAUCAAUCGGAGUCGAAAUUUUCAUCCUAGCUGUUGGUGACUUUGAUUUGAACCUUUCUCAUCACGAAAUAGAGAGAACGAUCGACUACAUAAUCCACGUCGAUGAUUUUGAAGAGCUCCUCGAGAAGAUUUUCUUCGUCAAAAAAGCUCAAUUUGAAUGCUUUGAUUAUUUCGAAGAAGAUAAUUUCGAUGAUGACGACAAUGAGCUUGAAGAAGUACAUUUUCGUGAUGCUUGUUUUGGAGAAAAUCCUUGUGAUCAACUUUGUUUCAAUCAAAAAAACUCGGACUUGCCGAAAUGUGCCUGCGAGUUCGGCUACCUCUCUGUUGGAAAUUCCUGCGUCUUGGACUCUUCCUUCAAUCAAUCACAAAUUUCAACAAGCCGAUUGACGGAAAUACGAAAAAAUCUCACAAAUGGAACAAUUGAUAUUUUUCAAAAAGUCGCGAGCGCCCUAAAAAAGCAUAAAGAAGACCUUUUAUUCACUUGGAUUGUUGGAUGCAUUCUAGGGCUGACUUUUGUUGCUGGCAUCGUGCUGUUUAAAAUGUACAAAAAUAGGUCACGUGGCGGCAGAUAUUUUGAAUACUCGUGA